CGCCACAACGGGCGCGGACGCCAUCGGCGAUCGGCGGAGACGCAGGUGCGAUCAUUCUAGCCUGCUCCUUGUUCUGGUUCGCUUUCUUCCGCCCUCGCUUCGCCUUCUCUUCCUCCGCAGUAUCAACUAAUCAAAGGUUGCAGUGACUUCUUCCCCUCCUGUUGUCCUCAAUCACUCCAUCGUCAAAGGCUGAUACUCCUCGAUCAAAGGGCGCAUUUUUGGGAAGAUUACCUGCCUACAAUUGGUAGCCGAGCCCUUCUCUUCCGCUGCUGCAAUCGGGGCACAUACAAUGUCUCUAUCAAUCUUAUGCAGAAGAGUGGGUCUCAAAGAUCUUGUUUCAAAUGUUACCGUCUAUAGCGGUGCUAAUGAGGCAUCUGGAGGGCUGAGUUUGAUCUUUCGACGUUGGGCCACAAAAAAGACUGCAGGGUCCACAAAGAAUGGACGUGACUCACGGCCCAAGAACCUGGGUGUUAAGAAAUUUGGCGGAGAGAAGGUGAUUCCUGGCAACAUCAUAGUUCGUCAACGAGGCACGAGGUUCCAUCCUGGUGACUACGUUGGAAUGGGGAAGGAUCACACAUUAUUUGCGCUAAAAGAAGGUCAUGUUCGCUUCGAGCGCCAUAAGCUUAGCGGUCGGAAAUGGGUGCAUGUUGAUCCAAGCGAAGGUCAUGUUCUUCACCCCAUCUAUACAAAUGCUGGCCUUGAAGCUGAUGCAGAAAGUCGGUUGUGCUAGUGAAGCAUUUAAUCCGAGAGUAGUUGUUCACUCUGUCUUUGGAGAAGAGAUUGCUGAAAGAGCAGACGUUAGAAAACUUUCUUUUAUCUGCCUGUAAUAACAUUGCUUUGCUUUCAGUAUGUUGACAAUAUGCUAUCCUAUCCUAUCCUAUCGGACAGAUUAAUCAAUUCCUUCGUGG